GAUGCCGCGAUUUCGAACGGCCGCUUCGGAGCUCAAAGAACUCUGCAGCCAUGGGUCCCUGACAAGAGCGAUGCCAUUGAUGGAAGUUUGGAGAAAUCUACUUCUGCCGCUGGCUGGGACCAGUUUGCUGAAAACGAGAGGCUCUUUGGCCUUAAGACCGACUACGAUGAGAACAUCUACACCACUGCAAUCAACAAGGACCACCCGCAGUACCGAGAGAGAAUUGCGGCUGCAGACAAGAAGGCCAGGGAAAUUGAGCGCAGUGCAGCCAUCACUGCCCACGUAGCCGAGGAACGUGUCAUGGACUACUCUGGCCCCAAGGACCGUGCCGAUGAUAACGAGGAAGACAAAUACAGCGGUGUCCGCCGUCAAGACUUCCCUCCUUUGACGUCUGGACUAGGGAAUCGGUACACGCCUCCGGCUAAGCGGGCUCCAACUGGACAGGCCACGGUCAAGGGAGCUCCCGUUGACCCAGCAAUCAUCUCAUCGCAGAUCAAGGCUCCGCCGAAGAAGCAGUCUUCUCAAGCCUCUGACACAUCAAAGGCGACGUCCGAUGCCCUCAAGAACGGAGCCCAAGCCAAGAACGAAACCCAAAAGGCCUCGGAAAGUCAAUCGGCAAAUCUCAAGCCGGCGGAAAACAAGACCCCUACCCCGACUCCUGCCGCUGCCGCUGCCCCAGCAAAAGAGGACAAACCGGCAGAGAAGCAAACAACUACCACCAGGGCCACCCCUUCUAAUUCUCGUCCGCUCAGCAACUUGCCGCCGAAUGCCCCCAGCGCAACUUCGACUGUUGAACGUGACGUUUUGAAGGAGUUUAAGUCAUUCGCUACCCAACAACGCCUCAAUGCAGAGAAGGCUAGAAGCAACAAGGCAAAGGCGGAUAAGGAAGUCAAGUUGACGGAACUCAAAAAGUUUGCAACCAGCUUCAAGCUUUCAACGCCGGUCCCCUCUGAUCUGGUAUCCAUCAUCGCAAAAGAUCCAGUCAAACAAAGAGAGAUUCAGGCCAAGGCAAUGAAGAACGCAGAGGAGAUGGCCAAGGCCAAGACCGACGCUGCCCAGGUCAAGAAGGACGCCACCACAGUCAAGGAGACGGCCCAGCCCAAGCGUGCAGAGGCUUCGACAACAGCGCCUCCCGCCGUCGAAACCCGGCCUGCACGAGGGGCUCCUGCUCCCCAGGCCACCCCCCCUAACGGCGGAUCUGGUCGCCAUACUGGCCCUCGUCAACAGUUCACCCAGCAGCAGUACCACGCACAAGGCUACAGAAACGGCCGCGUGGGUCCUCAGCAUGCGCAGCAGCCUCAUGCAAAUGGCACGCUGGCGCAGCGCAUCCGUAACGUGGAGCAGCAAAAGUUUUCUCAGCCUCCUGCUCCUCACCAGCAUGCUGUCGGCCCCGAGAUUCGUGCGCCGCCUACUGGUCCUUCUAACGGCACGGACUACGCUCGGCGUCACAGUGGCCAUCUCGGAGCUAAGCUGAACCCCAACAGCAACGAGUUCAGGCCCAGCCCAUUCGCCCCGUCCUUCAACCCGAACGGACACCCGAGCGCAGGAUCCAGCCCCCGAUCUGCUGCCAAUCAUGUCACUGAUGCCGCUAACGCCGUCAAUCAUCCACAGGGGCAGCUCAUCCGGCGAAAGACCAAGGCUGUCGAUGUCAACAAGUGUUACAUCUUGUCGCACAUCAAGACCAUUGCUCCGCCCCAGGGCCGUAACUGGGAUGACAAUAAUGGUCUGCGGCCGUCCUACGACACUCUGCCUACCUGGCGCCAGCUGCAGGAUGAGGAAAAGGCGGACUCUACUAUGCAUCUUACUUACAAGGAGUACUUUGAGCGACAGCCUUUCUUGGUCCCCUCCGUGCCUACUCCCAACCCGUCUCAUGUUUCUCCGCACAUGCCUCCGAUGCAGAUGCAUACGCCGCAGCAUGGACCUGUGCCUCAUCAGCCCUACGGUAACGACGACCACCGGAUGAUGCACUCCAACUCUGCCCAGUCGUUCGCCUCGCCGCGCAUGGGACAGUUGCCCGUGGCGUACCCGCCAGUCAACCCAGGGGCUCAGGUUCCAUAUGGUCAACCGGUCUUCCUCGGACAUAUGGGAGGUCCAAUGAUGAUGCAGCCCCAGUUCAUUCCGGGUCCUCAGGGAAUGAUGGCGGCCCCUCACCUGAUGUAUCCCGGUGGGCACCAUCCGCAGUUCAUGCCACCCACUGGCCCACCACAGCAAGUGCCAGGAGCAAAUGGAUAUCCUAGCCCAGGACGGCCAGCCGCACCCAUGAUGGUUCAUCAGGGCUCUCAACAAGGGCAUAACAUGUACGGAAUGAGCCCCAAUAUUCAAUACAACCAGCCGGCAUACGGCCCAGCACAA